ACUCGAUUUAUACUGUCUGAUCAUCAAUCCAAUUCAGCUGUCAGUCGAAGAAGCGGACCUUAACAAAACAAAUGCUUCCCAUUUGCCUUUCCUCUAUCAUUUCAUAAAUAGCUCCGCUAUUUUUCUACCAUGGAGUUGUCUGAAAUAUUGUACAACAAAGCGGAAUACAUUGAGACGGCGUCUGGCAACAAGGUGAGCAGGCAGUCGGUGCUCUGCGGAAGUCAAAACAUCGUACUUAAUGGCAAAACCAUCGUUAUGAAUGAUUGCAUCAUCAGGGGGGACCUGGCUAAUGUCAGGGUGGGCAGACAUUGUGUGGUUAAAAGCAGGAGUGUCAUUCGUCCACCGUUCAAAAAGUUCAGCAAAGGUGUGGCCUUCUUCCCACUUCACAUCGGCGACCACGUGUUCAUCGAGGAGGACUGCGUGGUGAACGCAGCCCAGAUCGGAUCCUACGUCCACAUCGGCAAGAACUGCGUUAUUGGUCGCCGUUGUGUGCUGAAAGACUGCUGCAAGAUCUUGGACAACACUGUCCUUCCUCCUGAGACAGUGGUGCCUCCUUUUACCGUCUUUUCUGGAUGCCCAGGUUUGUUUUCCGGGGAGCUUCCAGAAUGCACACAGGACCUGAUGAUUGACGUCACUAAGAGCUACUACCAGAAGUUUCUUCCCCUCAGCCAGAUAUAAAGGUUGCAAGGUCUUUUUAGUUACAACCGUCUUUUAUUUGUACAAGGUCCAGCUCGCUGUCUGCAUGCACAGGGAUGCCUUUGAAUCCCUAAAAGCAGAGCUUCUGUGCUGAAGUGAAGUGCUGUGCCUUGAAAAAUCACCAAACCUUUUUUUGUCCCUUUUGUUUAUAUCAUAAGGUAAUUUGAUGUCACAUUAUGUAUCAGAGAGAAAGAAGGAAGGAGAAUGCAUCUUUUGAAGGAACUUAUGACUUUGAGGAAGUCAGAUAAGACUAACUUGGACCAAAACGCUGUUGGAAGAAACACUAGAACUGAACAAUGGGAUUCCUCAUUACAGUGUACAUUUGCGUGAUGUCAUUGAGCAAGAGACAGCAUCUCAUCCACUCCUAGAAAUGCCUCGUGUGAUCUUGGUAAAUUAAAUAUUGAAAGAA